AUGCAUGUAUCUGAUGGAUCUGAUAUCCAAGCAAUCAUUGCUCAAAGACGUUUACAAAUCGUCCAAAAAACCGGUGUUGCUGCCUUAGUUGCCAAUCAUCGUUCCUUUUUUAUUGCUGUCUUCGCCUCCCUUGGUGGUUUAGUUUAUGGUUAUAAUCAAGGUAUGUUCGGUCAAAUUUCUGGUAUGCACUCUUUCUCCGUCGCUGCUGGUGUUGGUAAAAUUCAAGAUAAUCCAACUUUACAAGGUUUAUUGACCUCCAUCUUAGAAUUAGGUGCUUGGGUCGGUGUCCUUAUGAAUGGUUACUUCGCUGAUGCCUUAGGUAGAAAGAAGUCUGUCAUUGUUGGUGUCUUCUUCUUUAUUCUUGGUGUAAUUGUUCAAGCUUGUGUCCGUGGUGGUCACUACUCUUAUAUCUUAGGUGGUAGAUUUGUUGUCGGUAUUGGUGUGGGUAUCUUAUCUAUGAUUGUCCCAUUAUAUAAUGCUGAAUUAGCUCCACCAGAAGUUAGAGGUGCUUUAGUUGCUUUACAACAAUUAGCCAUUACUUUCGGUAUUAUGAUCUCAUAUUGGAUUGGUUACGGUACUAACUUUAUUGGUGGUACUGGUGAUGGUCAAUCUAGAGCUGCUUUCUUAGUUCCAAUUUCUAUUCAAGUUCUUCCAGCUAUUAUCUUAGGUUCUGGUAUCUUAUUUAUGCCAGAAUCCCCAAGAUGGUUGAUUAAUCAAGGACGUGAAGAAGAAUCUUUAGACGUUGUUGCUCACUUAAGAGGUUUAGAUAAGAAUGAUCAAUUAAUUCAAAUGGAAUUCCUUGAAAUGAAAGCUCAAAGACUUUUCGAAAAGGAAUUGCUUGAAACUAAAUUCCCACACUUACAAGAUGGUUCUUUCUCAAGUAACUUCAAGAUUGGUUUCUAUCAAUAUGCUUCCUUAGUUACCCAUUACCCAACCUUUAAGAGAGUCGCUGUUGCUUGUUUAGUUAUGACUUUCCAACAAUGGACCGGUGUUAAUUUCAUUUUAUACUAUGCUCCAUUUAUUUUCGCUAGAUUAGGUUUAUCCGGUACUACUACUUCCCUUUUAGCUUCUGGUGUUGAAGGUAUUGUUAUGUUCUUAGCUACUAUUCCAGCUGUUAUUUGGGUUGAUAAAUUAGGUAGAAAACCAGUUUUAAUCUCCGGUGCCAUUGUUAUGGGUAUUUGUCAUUUAGUUGUCGCUGGUAUUUUAGGAUCUGUUAAAGACAUUGAAAAUAACGCAAGUGCUGGUUGGGCUGCUGUUGUCUUCAUUUGGAUUUUCGCCAUUGGUUUCGGUUACUCUUGGGGUCCAUGUGCUUGGAUUAUCGUUGCUGAAGUUUUCCCAUUAGGUAUGAGAGCUAAAGGUAUUUCCAUUGGUGCUUCUGCCAAUUGGUUAAAUAACUUUGCCGUUGCUAUGUCUACUCCAGAUUUCGUUGCUAAAGCUAGUUACGGUGCUUAUAUCUUCUUAGGUUUAAUGUGUGUUAUUGGUGCCGCUUACAUUUACUUCUUCGUUCCAGAAACUAAAGGAAGAACUUUAGAUGAAAUUGAUGAACUUUUCGGUGAUAACUCUGGUACUUCAAGAUCUGAAUUAGAAAUCCAUAACAGAAUUCUUAAAGAAGUUGGUUUACUUGACUUACUUGACGAAGAUUCUGUUUCCUCUGAAAACGAAAAAGCUAAACCAGAUGUUUCUUACCAUGAAGGUACUCCAGCUGCUAGUGAUUAA